ACGUGACGCUCACCGAGGACCAGCUCAGCGAGCUCAAGAUCUCUGAUAGGCCCAAGCGGCCCACGAUCGAGUCUCGCCCGUGGUCCUACGACGGCUACAAGACGUACACGGCCAUGCCGCUGAAGCGCGACGUCAGCAGCCUCUGGCGCUGGUAAUCGCCUGCACUACGCUACGCCCUUGCCCCCCUCUCUCAUACGCACCCGCCUCGACACCUGCAUAGCCUAUCAUCAUUUUCUCGCAUGGACCAAGCAAAGGCCUGCCAGCAUAGCAUAUCCCCUGCACACCAUACCCGUCGACGCCGACAUCGACACCGACGCCUUGCACGUAUCUCAUCGACACCUUGCACGUAUCCCCCAUCACGCCAAACCACACGCAACGCAGUAACUUACGUCUUCCGCCCCCGCGACGGCCUGUAUCAUGCACCCAGCACCCCUAUCAUCCGCGCCUAGUCAACGCCUACCUUACGCCUCAUCCUCACCAUCCACGACAUGUACGGGUCACGCCGCGCCGCGAGCACGUAAUCAUUCCUCCCUUUUGACCCUCGGUGCCGCCUUCGUUCUCUACUGUGUACUAUAUCUCCUACCUUCCUCCUUUCCCCUUGAACUCGUCUGCGAGCGAGCCGAACUCUUUGUCACACUGUGCUAUCUUCCCUACGCAUGCUACCUUGCUUCGUCAUCAUACUCGACUUUUGCCUGCUACUUGUUCAUACUGUAUUAGCGUUAAUACUUCUGAGCCGUGCGCGGGCUCGUGUACUAUCUUGUGACUGACUACUACAUACUGGCUACUUACUAUUCUCUCUUGAAGCGGCAUGCACGAACGGGUCGUAUCCGUAGGGUACGGGUCGUAAUGAGGGAACACACGAAUGAAUGGAAUGGAUAAUGGACUGACUGACUUGCC